UAGACAAGUUGAAGAGGAGAUGCAAACAAGAAAAACACCACUGGCAGAUAAACAAAAGCUGUAACCAAUAAACAGAUUUCAAUAUAACAAAUCAUUCAUUGUUGCACCCACUGCACAUUCUCAGACACCAACAAAAGGCAAAAGAAGAAGAAGAAGAAGAAAUAGAAAGAAAGGAUCAAGAAAUUGUUCAAAACUCUUGAACUGAAAACAGAAAAGUCUUUAGAUCUUUUGUCUUUUAUCUUCAAGAAUCUUCAUCCUCUUAACAACUGAUUAGAAAUAAGUAUCUUUUUUUUUUUCUGGGUGAAUCCUUUAGUAAUUUUCCCAAUCAAAAAAUGGGGGAAAAAUUCAAAGCUCCAGCAGUUUCAGCUUCUUCACUUUCAACACUAACAAUCCCACCUAAAGCCCCUUUUGAAUCAAUUUUUGGUGGUGGAAAUAUGCCCUAUUUCAGUCCAGGUCCAAUGACCCUCGUCUCCAGCUUCUUCUCUGAAUCCGAGUACCCAUCUUUCUCCCAGCUUCUUGCUGGAGCUAUGGCUUCUCCACUAGCAAAACCGCCUACCCUUUUGCCUGAAAAUUCAUCCGGAGAAGACGAGAAUUUAGGGUAUAAGCAGAACCGACCCAUGAGUCUAAUGGUGGCUCACUCUCCUUUCUUCACGAUUCCCAAUGCUUUUAGUCCUUCUGGAUUGCUUAAUUCACCUGGAUUUCUUUCUCCACUUCAGAGUCCUUUUGGAAUGUCACACCAGCAGGCCCUAGCACAUGUUACAGCACAGGCAGCAUUAUCCCAGUCUUACUUACAAACUCAAGCUGAAUGUCAUUUCUCCUCACAAGGGACAUCAGCACAAGUAUUAGGGACAUCUGAACCAGAGGAAUCUUCGUUACAACCUCAAUUAGAUAUUAUGUCGUCAGACCAGAAGAUUAAGAAAAUUGAACUGCCACAGAUUUCUCAAUCUGAGGACAAGCCAUCUUUUAAUUCAGUCGAUAGACCAGCUUCUGAUGGUUACAAUUGGAGGAAAUAUGGCCAGAAGAUGGUUAAAGCAAGUGAAUGCCCUCGGAGCUACUAUAAAUGCACAUAUCUCAAAUGUCCUGUCAAGAAGAAGGUUGAGCGAUCCAUUGAUGGUCAAAUAACUGAGAUAACGUAUAAAGGCCAUCACAACCAUGAACUUCCUCAACCCAGUAAACGCAGAAGAGACAGUUGUGCUCAGGAUGGUUCAGACUGCUCCAACAUUAACCCUGAAAUUGGAACACAGACUGAGAUAGAAAUCAACACCUUAAAUGGGGCUCUUCUUGCUCAUUCUGAACAGGUGUCUGCUGAAAUGGCAUCUGAACGUCCUGUUUCGAAUGAAUGUGAUGAAAUUGAGGACACUGCAACAGCAGCAGGCAAGGAACAUGAUGAUGAACCUAAUGUGAAGAGAAUGAAGACAGCAGUUGAGACUCCUAUUCUUUCUUCAUCACAUAAAGCGGAAUCAGAAUCCAAGAUCGUUGUGCAGACAAGGAGUGAAGUAGACAUUUUGGAUGACGGGUUCAAGUGGCGUAAAUAUGGGCAGAAAGUGGUAAAGGGGAAUCAUCAUCCGAGGAGUUAUUAUCGUUGCACGUACCCUGGAUGCAAUGUUCGCAAACAUGUUGAAAGGGCUUCAGCAGAUCCAAAAGCUGUCAUAACAACAUACGAGGGCAAACACAAUCAUGAUAUUCCUAUUGCUAGAAACAGAAGCCAUAGCUCAGCCCAAAAUAGUAGUCGUCAGUUGAACGAGCAAGAGAUUGCAACUUGGAGGCCUUCACUUCUCGAAAAAGUUGCUCUUCAUACAAAUGAAAUACCAGUGUGUAGGCAGCUGAAAGAGGAACAUAUUGCAGCAUAAUUUGCAUUACUAAAAGGGAAAAAGGUGAAUAUUUUUCUUUUGCGAGACCAAUAACAGAAAAAAUCCUUUUUGAAAACUUCAUGCUGAUGAAAUGUGUCUGUACACAAAUCUUAGAAAUUGUUUGUAAAUCUAUGGCUACUUGCUAAAGAUGUCUAUAUAUUGUUAGUAAAAGAUGUUGUAAUAGUUUGUCCUCAGUUUGAAAUUGACUUCUCUGUUAAUUCCUGGAGUCAGCUUCAAAAAUUAGUUGCAUUCGAAGAACUUUUUAGCAAAUA